AAUCGCGGUUGCUCCACCAUGGCGGCGCCCAGGCCGUGAGGCGGCGGCGGCAGCGGCGAUGUCGGGCCGGGGCGUCUGGCUGCGGGCGCGGACGCGGCUGCGGCGUUUCCCCGCGCUGCUGGCGGGCUGCGGGGAGCAGGCGGCUGCCUACGGCCGGUGCGUGGCUGCGGCGGCGGCCGGGACGACGGAGCUGCGGCGGGACGCCUGCCUGGAGGAGUUCCGGGCGCUGCAGGACUGCUUCGCCCGGGCGGCGAAAGCGACGCCGAAGUGACCGGACCGACCCCGCGCACCGGCCUGGAGACGCUUCGGGAAAAAAUAAUAAAAAAAACCACCAAACCAAAAAACCCGUCUCAAAGCCGGCCCGGUUUGUCCUUCAAGUUACAGAGUCAGGAGCGGGGCCCGGGCCCGCGGGGGUGACCCCGGCCCCUGGGGACCAGCCGGGCGCAGGAAGGCAGCACACCGCCCGCCUCCGCAGGCCCCGGCCCCAGCGCUGCUGCAGCUGCUUGAGCUCCGGAAUGUCAAAUUAGGGGGUUUUUCUCCCCAACCCAGGCCCCGCACGCAGCGGGUGGCAGCUUCCCCUCCGCCUCCCCGCAGCGGAGAGGAGCAAAUCUCAAAGAAAGCGCAAACCCCUCUUUUCCUUCAGUACGUAACUCCUGGCGGGAACGGAGCGAGGCAGAUGCUGCUGCCUGCCCGGGGAGCCACGGCCCUGGGGCCAGGUAAGGCUUACCCAUCUCUUUCUUUUUUUUUAAUUAAAUAAAAAAAAAAAGAA